CCCCAAUCUCCUGUCUGGGUUCUCUUCGUCUUUAUCCAAGACCUACCUUGACUGUCAGCCAAAAGACCGUGGAACUCCAGGGACAAUCUUGAGCUUGCAACACGAUCGCAAGUCCCCGCGGUGGCAAUUCCAUCAUGAGAGACGCUUCCGAUAACGGCUCCCCAGCGCCUUUGCUGACAGCCGUAAAUGUCGAGUCUCAGGUGCAUCUGAUCAUCGGGGCAAACCCUCUCGCAGCAGCCCGGUGUGCUAAGAGCGUCGAGGCGGGUGCAAAGCCGAUUCUCCUCACCCCAGACACAGAGACUCUGCCAUACACCUUGGUGGAGCGGAUCGAGAACGGCUCCGUGCAAUGGAUCCGCAGCGAGUUCCAAGACGACCAUCUCACCAGCCUCGGGAGAGAGGAAGUCGACCACGUCGUAGACACGGUCUUUGUCACUCUGGGCGGAAACCACCCAACGAGUGCUCACAUUUCCAAGCUCUGCCGUCGUCUCAGAAUCCCAGUCAACGUCUCCGAUGCUCCGGAGCUCUGCACAUUCAGCUUGCUGUCCACGUACUCGGAUGGCCCUCUGCACAUCGGCAUCACGACGUCAGGGCGUGGCUGCAAGCUGGCCUCGCGUCUCAGAAGAGAAAUCUCGUCUGGACUACCCUCAAACCUCGGAAACGCCAUUGACAGGCUGGGAGCAGUGAGAAAGCGCCUCUGGGCCGAAGACUACGCCGCCGGGCUAUGCGAUGCGCCACUCGAAGGCGACGAAGAUGAUUCCACCGGCCAACGACACACCUUCAACACACUAGUAACAGAAGACGACAUCUCCGCCGCCAAAACGCGCCGCAUGCGCUGGCUGUCCCAGAUCUGCGAAUACUGGCCGCUUCGCAAACUCGCCGCCAUCACCGACGACGACAUCACCACCAUCCUUGAAGCCUACACCUCGGGCAAAGAAAACCCCCAGGACGCCAACAGUCUCGAAACCCUCUCACAAAAAGGCAAAAUCGUCCUCGCCGGCUCCGGCCCGGGACACCCCGACCUUCUCACCCGCGCCACCCACAACGCCAUCCAAACCGCCGACAUCAUCCUGGCCGACAAGCUCGUCCCAGCCCCCGUCCUCGACCUCAUCCCCCGCCGCACAGAAGUCCACAUCGCGCGCAAAUUCCCCGGAAACGCCGACCAGGCGCAGGAGGAAUUCUUAAAACUGGGCCUGGACUCCUUGCGUCGCGGCCGCCACGUCCUGCGUCUCAAGCAGGGUGACCCCUAUCUCUACGGCCGCGGCGGCGAGGAAUUCGAGUUCUUCCGCGCCCACGGAUUCACCCCCGUCGUGCUCCCCGGUAUUACCAGCGCUCUGAGCGCCCCGCUCUUCGCUGAUAUCCCUGCCACCCACCGCGGCGUCUCCGACCAGGUCCUCGUCUGCACCGGGACAGGACGGAAAGGCGCCGCCCCUGAUCCACCCACCUAUGUUCCCUCGCAGACCGUCGUCUUUCUAAUGGCGUUGCAUCGGCUCUCCGCCCUUGUCGAUUCCCUCACCACCCUCACCCCCACUGAGCCAGCUGAGGAGUCGGAGUCGGAGUCGGGAUCGGUGUCCCGCCCCCGCACCCUCUGGCCGAAAGAUACUCCAUGCGCGAUCAUCGAGCGCGCCUCUUGCACAGAUCAGCGCGUGAUCCGAUCAACAUUGGAGCACGUCACCGCUGCAUUCGAGGCCGAGGGCUCCAGACCGCCUGGGCUGUUGGUCGUGGGUGCUAGUUGCCAUGUUUUGCAUCCUGCUCAGGGGAAGAAAUGGGUUGUCGAGGAGGGAUUUCGGGGGCUGGAUGAGUUGAGUGUUGAGACGAGGGGGCUUGAGUGAGGUGAGGGGUUAUGGUGGGUGUAUGUGGAUUCGAUUGG